CGUCACGGGCCAAACCAAUGAGCCUGACGCAGAGGAGGGCUCUGGAUGCCCGUGUUUAUAAAUACCCCUGACAACUCUGACGCGCUCGCUCUCUGCCCAAGAGGAGGUGACCCGUGUUUGACUGUAGCUACAGGUUUUGUUUUUUUCCAUUUUCUGCAAGUUACACAAUAAAAAACUCUGCAAAAAUGUCCAGAAAGUUUUUCGUUGGUGGAAACUGGAAGAUGAAUGGCGACAAGAAAAGCCUUGGGGAUCUCAUCCAGACCAUGAACGGAGGCAAGGUGGACCCCAAUGUCGAGGUGGUGUGCGGUGCUCCAUCCAUCUACCUGGACUUUGUCAGGUCCAAGCUGGACGCUAAGUUUGGAGUGGCUGCACAGAACUGCUACAAAGUUCCCAAGGGCGCCUUCACUGGGGAGAUCAGCCCUGCGAUGAUCAAAGACUGUGGUGUGAACUGGGUGAUCCUGGGACACUCCGAGAGGCGCCACGUCUUUGGCGAGAGCGAUGAGCUCAUUGGUCAGAAGACCGCACACGCUCUGGAGAACGGUCUCGGUGUGAUCGCCUGCAUUGGUGAGAAGCUGGACGAACGAGAGGCCGGCAUCACAGAGAAGGUCGUCUACGCUCAGACCAAAUUCAUCGCAGACAAUGUUAAAGACUGGAGCAAAGUCGUGCUGGCCUACGAACCCGUGUGGGCCAUUGGCACCGGCAAGACUGCCUCCCCACAGCAGGCUCAGGAUGUUCAUGAGAAACUGAGGGAGUGGCUGAAGGCCAACGUUUCUGAGGAGGUGGCCAAGUCUGUGAGGAUCAUCUACGGAGGGUCCGUGACCGGCGGUACUUGCAAAGAACUGGGCUCCCAGAAGGACGUUGAUGGUUUCCUGGUGGGCGGAGCCUCCCUGAAGCCAGAGUUCAUCGAUAUCAUCAACGCCAAACAAUAGGAAACCCCCGGGAGCUGCAGUGUGACGACGCAGAUCCUGUUCCAGAUAAUCCAUUUCCGUCUAACCUUUCUUUCAGCACUUGGACACUCACUCCCCCUCCCCCCACCUGUUAUUAAAGCGUUUAGUGUAAUGAUGUCAUUCCUUCCUUUUUCUUUAUCCGUCGUUGCGUAUCUGUGUCUGUGCUAGAGAAGGUGGAUGGGUUGACACGUCCACCGUCUGUGUGUCAUACACCAUGAGCUCCAGCUGUGAAGAGCAGAUGUAUAUGUGUGAGAUGGAUGAGCAGUGUGUGUUUUCACCUCAGCAGCGUCAGGGCUCUGGUCCGUUCAUAGUGUUGCCGUCUCUUGUGUAUAGUUCUGAUGUUCCUCUGUGGCUUCGACGUCCCCGUAGAUGUGCAUGAUCUACUCGUAUUGGCUCCUCUGACAUGAGGUCAUGUGUCACGGCAGACAGGUUCAAGGUUGAACGACUGUAAAGAAACAUACUGUGUAAUAAACAGUUUCUGGACUGUUAACAGAG